AUGGCCUCUUUCCACAUGGAAGGAAAUGCUCUCAUUUGGUUCCAAGACGCUGAGGAGUCAAGGCAAUUUCCAACUUGGGAAGCUUUUGUCCAAGCUCUCCUUGUUCGAUUUGGCCCAGCGUACAACGACCCCAUGGAGGCCCUAAUGUGGUUGCUUCAAUCUUCCUCGAUAGCCAAAUAUACAUCUCAGUUUGAGGCCCUGUCCAACCAGUUACGAGGAAUUUCCGAAAAGAACAAGCUCAACUGUUUUCUCAAUGGUUUGAAGGAUGAUAUUCGCCUGUUGGUGCGGAUGUUAAAUACAAGCUUGGUGGCAGCUUUCGGCCUUGCUAAACUCCAGAAGGAGUAUAUCCAGAGCUCCAAAUGGCCCUUACGUGCUUCUUCUUUUCUUUAUAAUCGGCAGCCGAAUUGGAAUCCUCCUACAACACAACUAUCGCCUUCAUCCUCCCAAUUGGCUCUUUUGGCCAAACCAGCUAAUGUGCAAAUUUUAUUAACUCGCAAGCGUAUGAAUUCAACAGGCCUUCCUGUCCAGCGGAUUACACCAGCUCAAAUGAAUGACCGUCGGGAUAAAGGUCUAUGCUAUUAUUGUGAAGACCGUUGGCUGGCUAGUCAUAAAUGCAAAGCACCUAGACUUUAUUUGUUAUCUGGGUUAACAUUGCCUUUAGAAGACAUCGGCGAGGAUGUCUAUUAUGACUCCUCUGAUGCCGCUGAUCCUAUUCCCAAGUUUGACGUGGUGGAGUGCAAGGAACCAGAAAUUUCCCUCAAUGCCAUCUCUGGCUCUCUGGGUGCUAAGUCUAUGCGAUUGAUGGGCAGUCUGCAGAACCAAGAAGUUAAAAUUGCUAAUGGAACCACAUUCCAAAGUUUGGGGAAGGUCACUUGUGUCACAUUCAAGGUUCAGAGCUAUUCCAUUUCCACUAACUUCUAUCUAACUGCCAUGGGUGGGUGUGACAUGGUUCUUGGGGUGGAAUGGUUGAGCACCCUGGGAUUGAUCCUAUGGGAUUUUACCUUGAUGACCAUGCAGUUUACGUACUUGGGUGUUCCUACCCGACUCACAGGACUCACUCCUACGGGUCUUCCCCUGUCUCGUGGGCUAGAUCACCAGAUUAACCUAAAAAACCCUCAACCCAUCAGUGUUCGCCCAUACAGAUACUCUUACUUCCAGAAAUCUGAGAUUGAAAAAAUCAUUUGGGAGCUCUUAUAUUCGGGUGUGAUCUGCCUAAGCCAGAGCCCUUUCUAUGCGCCUGUCCUAUUGGUACAGAAAGUGGAUGGCAAUUGGCGGUUAUGCGUCGAUUAUCAGGCUUUUAACCAAGAGACAAUUAAAGACAAGUACCCCAUCCCUGUCAUCGACGAGCUCCAUGGCGCAGUCAUUUUUUCCAAGUUAGACCUCUGCUCCAACUACCAUCAAAUCCGAAUGCGGGCUGAUGGCAUCCCUAAAACCGCCUUCCGCACUCACGAAGGCCAUUGCGAGUUCCUCGUGAUGCCAUUUGGGCUUACAAAUGCCUUUUCGACAUUCCAGGCUCUCAUGAAUGAUGUCUUCAAGCCCUUCCUCCGCCGCUUGUCCUGGUCUUUUUCGAUGACAUUCUAA